AUGGUGGAACAAGAUGAUACAGAGAUAGUAACAACUAACAUUGUUAACCCAGCUUCUUUCCUCAGCGGAAAUGAAGGAGAACCUAUACAUCGCGAUUGCCUAAAAACCAUUGAGGACACAUAUUCCAGCCGCCCAGACCUACAAGAUACCCCUUUGGAUGAUGCAGAAACCUGGUUUACUGAUGGAAGCAGCUAUGUCAUCAGCAGAAAGCGGCAUGCUGGAUAUGUGAUCACCACUUGCAGAGAAGUAAUAGAAUCUGGACCACUACCAACAAAUACUUCCGCACAAAAGGCAGAACUGAUCGCUCUAACUAGAGCUCUGGAACUAGCAAAAGGAAAAAAUAUAAACAUCUAUACAGACUCAAGAUAUGCAUUUGGAGUCGUGCAUGCACAUGAAGCCAUCUGGAAAGAAAGAGGACUUUUGAACUCACAAGGGAAAAACAUAAAACAUGCACAAGAGAUAGUGAGAUUGUUGGAAGCAGUCCAACUACCUGGGAAGGUAGCAGUUAUGCACGUUAAAGCACACCAGAAGGUGAGCUCGAUGCAGGAAGAAGGAAAUGAGCUGGCGGACAGAGAGGCAAAAGAAGCAGCAAAAAGAGAGGUAAUUAUAGAAGGAGCUUUAAUUUCUGAUGGGAACAUUCCUUUAGAAGGUAAGCCAAAUUACAAUAAGGAAGAUCAGAAAUUAAUCACAGAUAAGGAUGGAAUACUAAAUAAAGAGGGGUGGCCUCGCACACCGCAAGGGAAAAUAAUUGUCCCCUCCUCUUUGUUAUGGGCCGUUAUAAGAAAUGAGCAUCAGAAAACACAUUGGGGAGUGGAUGCUUUACAUAAGUACUUAAUAAACAGAAUCAUAGCUAGAAAUUUGUAUGCUACCAUCCAACAAGUAACUCAACAAUGUGAUCUCUGCCUUCAAACAAACCCCAAAAAUACUCCCAAACUCAAAAUGGGCCAAAUUGGAAGGGGCAAUGGACCAGGCCAACAAUGGCAGAUUGACUUUACUAAAUUACCAAGGAAAGGGGGGUAUAGGCAUUUGUUGGUACUUACAGACACCUUUUCAGGUUGGCCAGAAGCCUUUCCAACUAGAAGUGCAAAAACCCGUGAGGUAACGAAAAUAUUGUUGCAGGAAAUAAUACCACAAUAUGGAGUUCCAGCCACUAUAUAUUCAGAAAGAGAACCACAUUUUAUUUCAAAUGUGGCACAACAAAUUAACAAACAACUAGGUAUUGAUUGGCAACUUCAUACUCCCUACCACCCUCAGUCAAGUGAUCUGGUGGAGAAAAUGAACCAUCUAAUUAAACAACAAAUUGUGAAAUUGGGUCAGGAGGCCAGUUUACCUUGGCGCCAGUCACUUCCAUUAGCUCUGCUGAGAAUUAGAACUAAACCAAGGACUCAAGAAGGGUUGAGUCCUUUUGAAAUUCUGUAUGGAAGACCAUAUGGGGGAUGGGUAAGAAAUCCCUCGGUUCUAAAUUCUACCACAGUGACCGAAAUGGUCAAGAGGGCUUGA